ACAAUCCAAAAAUGGAUCCUGUUAUUCCUGUACAAAACUGGAGAAAAGGAUCUCAGUGGGUUGUAUUGACGAGGAAGCAUGCAGAGGUUGUAGUGAAAGACGAUACAGUGUUUCCUAUGUUUCAGUUGUAUUGUAAGAGGAAGUCGUUACCUGAGUUUUGGCGGGAUCAUCCUGUUCCGGCCGAUAACUCCAAGGAGCACAAUUGCAUUCCAGACGAGCAUUAUGUUCAGACAAUACUGGCUGUAAGAUAAAUUCCUGUUUAACCACUGUGAGCCUGAUUUAUUAAUAGAGUUUAAGUUGGUUUUUCCUCAAUGUUGAAACUGUACAAAGCCUUCUUCACCAUAAGUCUUUGCAUCACCUUUUUUGUAGGUAUAUCCUAGCUAGCUUCUUUCUAGGAUUAAAUAUCUAGGUCAGAUAUAUUUAUG